UUAAAAUUAUUCUUAAUUAAAAUAAUAUAAUAAUCUGGUUGGUCAUUUUAAAUAUCAAUCCCCAUUUUACAGUUUGGUAUGCAGUAUUGUUAAACCCCCACGAUUCUCACGUGAGCAUUGAAGCAAAGUUGUCGCGUCUUUUUGAAAUAUUUUAUUUGGUUUAAUUUAACGCAAAAAUGAGACCGUUAAUGUUACAAGGCCAUGAGCGAGCGAUCACUCAGAUUCGAUACAACAGGGAAGGCGACUUGUUGUUUACUGUAGCUAAAGAUGCCACACCCAACGUAUGGUACACUAUUAAUGGGGAAAGAUUAGGUACAUACGACGGCCACAGAGGAACUGUCUGGUCGGUUGACGUGAACUGGGAUUCAACGAAAGUUUUAACGGGAGCGGCCGAUUUGUCGUGUAAAUUGUGGGAUUGCGAAACAGGCAAGGUAAUCAACACAUGGGACACAAAAUCUUCGGUCCGUAGUUCCAACUUCAGCUACUGUGGAAACAUGAUCAACUUCACCACUGAUCGACAGAUGAAACAUGAACCUAAGAUAUGUAUCUAUGACAUCAGAGAACCAAGUGACAGUGAACCCGCGCUAAGCUUUGUAAUCGACACGAAGGAAAUGUCGAAACCGAUGUGUUCAUUGUGGGGAGCGUUAAACGAGUAUCUGAUCACUGGGCACGAUGAUGGGACGAUGGCUCAUUGGGAUCUUAAGACAGGGGAGUUGCUACACAGCGUACGUGAACACACAGCGUUGAUCAAGGACAUGCAGUUAAGCUCCGAUCAAAUGAUGUUGAUCACCGCAAGCAAAGAUAAAACAGCCAAGUUAUUCGACGCCCCUUCCCUUAAUUUGAUGAAAACUUACAAAACCGAUCGCCCCGUUAACUCAGCUGCCAUAUCUCCUAUAAGGGACCAUGUUGUGCUUGGCGGUGGGCAGGAGGCAAUGGACGUAACGACAUCAAACUUGAAAGAAGGAAAGUUCGAUGCUCGCUUCUUCCACCUAGUGUUCGAGGAGGAGUUCGGGAGGGUCAAGGGUCAUUUUGGACCAAUCAACAGUCUCGCAUUUCACCCCAACGGAAACAGUUACUCGAGUGGGGGGGAAGAUGGUUUUGUUCGCGUUCAUCAAUUCGAUGAGUCAUACUUCGACUUUCAGUUCGAAUGCUGACUCAACAUUUUUUGAGAUUUUUUUUCUUCGGAAUUUUAAGUUCUUUGUAUAAAGUACUUUGUGAUGUCACAAUGGUUGUUUGUGAAUGAUGGAAUAAAACAAUGGAGACACCGGG